UCGACGGCACUUGGCCGACCCCACUAGAGAAGUGGUGAGCGCAGGCGCAACUUUCCCGAAGUCGCGCAUUCCCGGGUGUCAAAUCGAAUUCGAAACCCACUUGGCCAGACAGACCAUACAGGCCAGACAGGCCAGACAGACCUCUGGGCGACCGGUCAAACCCCAAGACACUUCCCGCCGAAACCAAAGCCUGAGCUGGGUGGUAUUCUCUAGGCCGGCGGUGCCGACUUCUAUCUGGGCCAUCUACUCUGUCCAGCCAUAACCCAUAAUGGAUUCCGUGGGUUGGGGCGAUGCAAUGCAGUCCGGCCCCGAAGAUGACUUCGAACAGUUCCUCAACAUGUGCGGCAUGGCCAAUUUGACCGACGGCAUCCAGUUUGAAUACCAGGAUUUCCACAAUGCCAAUGGCACCCAGGCAAUGCAGGGCCCGCAUCGGCAGCCGUCAGAUGUCCCGAUGACCGGCACAGACACGCCCGAUGUCAUAUCGAGGGCCGACCCCGGUGCGCUUCAUCACCAGAUGUCGCCAAUGACCACUGCCCCGUCCUAUCAGUCAAUCCCGACGACAAUGAUGCCGCCACCGUCUCCCAACGAGGCCAUCGUCGACAGCAUCGACGCCCAGAUCCACUUCCUGCAGCAACAGAAGCUGCAACACCAGCAGCGGCAUCUGGAAGAGCAGCAGGUUGCCUUCAUGGCCCAGCAACAAAGUCGCAUGGUCCCUCCAACACCCCAGAGCCUUGAACUGCAGGCGGGAAACAGCCAUUACUAUGCCCAGACCGCGCAGAACGACCACACGCCGCAGCAACACCCUAUAGACUAUCGGUAUCAUGGGGUGAAAGAGCAGCAUGAGAUGUCAUUCACGCCUCUAGUCUCGCCUGCGGUGACCCCGCUCGAUACCCCCUUCUCUAUUGAUAGUCAUUUCACCGUACCGGGGGCCUAUUUCAGUCCCCUUACUUCGCCUGCAUUGCACGCACAAAAUGACCCCAUGGCGGCAUUCGAUAGUAGGCUCGGCCCGGCGAGCAUGAGUUCCCCGCGGGACAUCAACAGCAGCAUGGACCAGGAAUCGAGGAAGACCCCCGUACUGGGCCUAACGCCAGCUGAGACCGUCAAGAAAACGAGAAAAGGCGCGGCGAAGAGGGGGAAGGCAGGGGUCCGCCAGUCACCGAUAACGAAGCCCCAGCGGCGGAAGACGACGACGACGCCGGUCCUGAAUGCCCAGAUGCUGAGCGAGUUGGUCGAGAAUGCAGAGCAGCAGCAAGACCAGUCACAACAGUUACCCGUCCCAGCCAUUUCAACCUCGUCCUCGUCAGCGGGGAGGCUCACGGACUCGGAAAACAACAGCUCGGUGUCUCCCGAGAACCUGAACGACGUAUGCAUGGAGAUGCCCCCUCCACCGCUGCCGAAACCGAGGUCCGCCAGGCCAUCUCCACGUGUUGGGCCAGAACACCAUGUACCGGGAGUGCAGCUCCCCGGCAUGCCGUCCCCAGCAACGCCGGCAUCCCUGAUGAAGCUGAGUUCCCCGAGUAAUCGGGCUUCUGCGGCCAGGGUUAGCAGUCAGGAGGCGAUCGCGUCUGAGCAUAUCGAGAGCUUUGAGCUCCCCGAAUCCGCGAACUUCCCCAAAGGACCGCGUGUUUCGAUCGACGCCGCAACACCGGGACUAAUUUCGCCAGAUCCAAAUUCUGUCAACAGCUCGUCGGUGCCACCGUUACCUCCUCCCAUCUUCUCCAAGCCAUCAGGAACUGCCUCGGCAACGCAAAGUCCCCUGCUGGCCCCUGGAUCCGGGUCCAUAAACGGGAGAAGGACACCGCAGCUAGCGCCGAGGGGAAGCAAGAAGCGCGGAAGUGUGAGCUCUGUCCAUGUCUCGCCGGCUCUGCGGCCCAGGAUUUCCCCCAGUAUCAAACCCUUGCUUCCGGGAGGAGGGUCGGCUGCAGAAGACGCGGCGUCGCACCUCCUGGCAACGAAAUCGAAUUACCGACGGCUUCUCGAAGGUGACACCGUGCCUGGCCUGUCAUACCCGGCCGAUCUGUCGACAAACCUGACGUCGAAGCGAACGUCGCACAAGAUUGCCGAGCAGGGUCGGAGGAAUCGCAUCAACACGGCCUUGCAGGAGAUCGCAACGCUGCUACCGCGUCCGCCGGCGAAGGAAGGGAAGGAUGGGAAGGACAUUGAAUACGACGGCAGCGACAAGAAGGAGGGCGGCGCGAACGCGCCGAACAGCAAGGCCAGCACGGUGGAGCUGGCCAUCGAGUACAUCAAGCAGCUGAAGCAGGAGGUGGACGAUGCCAACAGGCGAGCAGAGGAGGCAGAGAAGAGGUUGGAGGCGAAGUAGAAGGGCAUCAUAUGCGCGCCCGUGGACGCGAGAUGAACGGGGCUGGAGGUUGGCGACGACGGGAGAUUCCUGCUUAAAAGCCAACUGAGGAUAUUGGAUCCAAGCUAAUGGGAUACAUGCCCCUUUCAUCGUUUCCUUUUUACCACGUUCUGUUUCUAGGAUAUAGCUUGCUACGUUUUUUCCCCGGUGUUUGCAAGUGGCAGUACGAAUGCCUUUGAGCGGGUGAGGCUCAGGCGACGAAGGGGUUG